UGUAUAAUGAUGAUGAUAUCACUACAUUAUUGUAGAACAAAAGAAGAAUGGAAAAAUAGAACUAUCUAUUAAUUGUUAACUGAUAGAUUUGCUUCCACAAAAUCUAAUAGUACAAGCUGUGAUUUAGGAAACUAUUGUGGUGGUAAUUUCAAGGGAAUAGAAAACAAUUUGGAUUAUAUAAAAAGUAUCAUUAUUAAUUGAUUUAAAGAUUUGGGUUUUGAUGCUAUAUGGAUAUCACCUAUAGUUCAAAAUUAUGAUGGAGCUUAUCAUGGAUAUGCUGCUAAAAAUAUCUAUCAAAUUAAUGAACAUUUUGGAACAGCAUAAGAUUUAAAGGAUCUUGUAAAUGCAUGUCAUUAGAAAGAUAUUUGGGUUAUGAUUGAUAUUGUAGCUAAUCAUAUGGGAAAUCAAGAUUUAGAUUUUUCACGUAAUUAUCCUUUUAAUUAAUCUUCUCAUUUUCAUGAUUUAUGUGAGAUAUCAGAUAAAGAUUUUGCAACACAUAAUUUAGUAAAUAUAGAAAGAUGUAGAUUAUUUAUGUUAGCUGAUUUGAAUCAAGAUAAUUCUUAUGUAGCAAAUGAAUUGAUUAAUUGGAUUAAAUGGGUAGUUAGUGAAUUUAAUAUUGAUGGUAUUAGAAUAGAUACAGCAAUGAUGGUGAAAGGAGAAUUUUGGAAAAAGUUUACAGAAGCAACAGGAAUUUAUUCAAUUGGAGAAGUUUUUGAUGGAGAUAUGGGAUUCUUAAAAUAAUUUAUUGGACCUAUGGAUGGUUUAUUAAAUUAUCCAUUGUUUUUUACACUUAGAGAUGUAUUUUUACAUUGGGGUGAUAUGUAUAGAAUAGAAAGCUUUUAUUAUAAUUAAUUAUAAACAUAUGGUAAGAAUAAUAUUCCUUUUAUGGCUUAAUUUAAUGAUAAUCAUGAUAAUGCUAGAUUUUUGAGUGAUGAAGUUAAUGGUAUAGAAGCAUCUGCACUUAAAAUAAUUUAAUUUAAAGCUUUUACAGCUUUUACACUUACAUCUAUUGGAGUUCCAAUAAUGUAUUAUGGAUCUGAAUAAUUAUUCACUGGUGGUGGAGAUCCAAAAAAUAGAGAAUUAAUGUGGAAUUCUUUCAAUUAGUAAAUAUUUUAAUUAAUUAUUAUUUUAGAAAUUCUGAUACUUAUAAAUUUAUCAAAAAGAUAAAUUAAGCAAGAAAAGCAGUUAAUGCAGGAGCAUAAGAAUAAGUAUAGAGAUAUGCAGAUAAUGAUUUCUAUGCAUUUACUAGAGGUCAAUUAUUUGCUGCCUUUACUAGUAAAUAUGAUAGAGAUAUUACAAGAAAGAUAACUUAUCAUCCUUAUGUUGAUGGAACUAAAUUAUGCAAUGUUUUAUUCGCUGGAGAUUGUGUUUUAGUGUAAAAUGGAUCUUUUUAGGUUUAUUUAAGAAAUGGAGAAGUUAAGAUCUUUUUACCUGAUAAUAUAAUAGCUCAAAUAGAAUGAA